AUGUCUGAGCUACAGUGGAAAGGGUUGGACAGUCGGAGGAGGAGAGAGCGAGGGGAGAGCGAGGAGGGACGAAGGCCAGUCCAACAAAUCAAACCACCCAGUAAUCCACGAGCUCUCCUACCUCCUCAUUACCCCACCUACCACCUCUCCCACAGACCCCCUCAUUUACCCACCUACAACCUCUCCCACAGACCUCCUCAUUACCCCACCUACCACCUUCUCACACAGCCCUCCUCAUUACCCCUACCUACCACCUCUCCCACAGACCUCCUCAUUACCCCACCUACCACCUCGCCCACAGCUCCUCAUUACUCCCUCUACCACCACACCUCAUUACCACCUACCACCUCGCCCACAGCCCUCCUCAUUACUCCCACCUACCACCUCGCCCACAGACCUCCUCUCAUUACCCACCUACCACCUCCCACAGACCUCCAUUACCCCACCUACCACCACCUCUCCCACAGACCUCCUCAUUACCCCAACUACCACCUCUCCCACAGACCCCUCAUUACCACACCUACCACCUCGCCCACAGCCCUCCUCAUUACCCAACCUACCACCUUUCACACAGACCUCCUCAUUACCCCACCUACCACCUCGCCCACAGACCUCCUCAUUACCCCACCUACCACCUCGCCCACUGACCUCCUCAUUACCCCACCUACCACCUCGCCCACAGACCUCCUCAUUACCCCACCUACCACUUCUCCCACAGACCUCCUCAUUACCCCACCUACCACCUCUCCCACAUACCUCCUCAUUACCCCAACUACCACCUCUACCACAGACCCCUCAUUACUACACCUACCACCUCGCCCACAGCCCUCCUCAUUACCCAACCUACUACCUUUCACAGAGCCCCCUCAUUACCCCACCUACCACCUCUUCCCACAGACCUCCUCAUUACCACACCUACCACCUUCUCCCACAGACCUCCCUAUUACCACCACCUACCACCUCGCCCACAGACCUCCCUCAUUACCUACCUACCACCUCUCCCACAGACCUCCCUCAUUACCCCACCUACCACCCUCGCCCACAGACCUCCCUCAUUCCCCACCUACCACCUCGCCCACAGACCUCCUCAUUUCCCCCCUAACCUACCACCUCUCCCACAGACCCUCAUUACCACACCUACCACCUCGCCCACAGACCCUCCCUCAUUACCCACCUACCACCUCUCACACAGACCUCCUCUUUAUUCCCACCCUACCACCUCGCACACAGACUCCUCUCCUCCCUCCCCACUACCUCACCCACCACCUCCCUCAUUACCACCACAGACCUCGCCCUCAUUACCCCACCUACCACCUCACCCUCACACCCCUCCUACCACCUCCCCACAGACCCCUCGUUACUCCCACCUACCACCUCGCCCACAGACCUCCCCAUUACCCCACCUACCACCUCGCCCACGAGCCCACCCCAUUACCCAACCUACCACCUCGCCCACUAUUAGACCCUUCUCAUUCCCCACCUUACCACCACCUCCCACAGCCUCCACCCUCACCCACUGUGCCUCAUUACCCCACUUUACCACCUCGCCCACAGAGCCUACCACCCCACCUGCCACUUUAUCCUCCACAUAUCCACCCCACCUACCACCUCACCCACAGACCUCCUCAUUACCCCACCUACCACCUCACCUACAUCAGAGCUCCCCUCAUUACCCCACCUACCACCUCACCCACAGCCCUCCCUAUCAUUACCCCAACCUACCACCUCACCCACAGACCCUCAUUACCCCACCUACCACCUCACCCACAGCCCUCCCUUUAUUACCACACCUACCACCUGCCCACAGACCUCCUCUAUUACCCCACCUACCACCUCCUGCACCUACAGACCUCUCAUUACCCCACCCUACCACCUCGCCCACAGACCCUCAUUACCCCAACCUACCACCUCUGCCCACAGACCCUCUCAUUACCCCAUAAUUCCACCUCCCCACAGACCCCUUCAUUACCACACCUACCACCUCUCCCCACAGACCCCACCCUCAUUACCCACAUACCACCUCCACAGAGCCCUAUCAUCACACCACCUCUCCCCACAGACCCCACAUUACCACCUCUCCCACAGAUCUCCCACACUACUCCCAUACCACUUCUCGCCACUGAGUCUCCAUCUUCCCUUAUUACCCCCACCACCUACCACCUCCCCCACAGACCUCCUUAUUACCCCACCCACCACCUGCCCACAGACCUCCUCCUCACACCUACCACCCUGCCCACAGCUCCCAUUCCCACACCACCUACACCUCACAAACCCCUCCUUCCACCUCCCCACCCAUUCCCACCUACCACCUCGCCUACAGAGCCCCACACCCCACCUGCCACCUAUCCCACACACCCACUCAUUACCCCCACCUACCACCUCACCCAACAGACCUCUCAUUACCCACACCUACCACCUCUCCCCCACAGCCUCCCUCAUAACCCCACCUACCACCUCACCCACAGAGCCUCUCAUUACCCCACCUACCACCUCACCCACAUACCCUCUCAUUACCAUUACCACCUACCACCUCUCACCCACAGCCCUCCCCCAUUACCCCACCUACCACCUCUCCCACAGAGCCUCCUCAUUACCCCCACCUACCACCUCGCCUUACAGCCCUCCUCAUUACCCCACACCUACCACCUCGCCUACAGACCUCAUUCCCACCCCCACCUCAUUACCCCCACCUACCACCUCAAGCCAGCAGCCCUCCUCAUUACCCCCCACCUACCACCCCGUCCACAUCCCUCCUCAUUACCCCACCUACCACCUCUCCCACAUACCCCUCAUUACCCCACCUACCACCUCGCCCACAGACCCCUCAUUACCCCACCAACCACCUCGUCCACAGACCUCCUCAUUACCCCACCUACCACCUCACCCACAGACCUCCUCAUUACCAGCAUCUGCAACGUUGUUUUCAGGACCUACCUGUAA